GACGCUCAGCAACAGUACUCGCGCCGCCAUAUAUCCACGCUCAUCGGCAACCGCGUACCGCGAUCACCUGAUGAACCGCGGCCGAGGGGAAAAAUGAAAAGUAUGAGUGCAUGAAGAGAAAGAGGGUAAGAGAGCGCGGCUAUAAAGCGAUCCAGUUUCAUCGAAAUUCUCAGUUUGUUGUAUUCAUAUAUCGCAGACUGCGGACGUAGCGAUCCGAUCAACCUUCCAGUUAGUACUGCAGCAUGAAGACGCGGCUGAUGUUGCAAUUGGCGCUACCUGUGGUGCUUUUGGCCGGACCCUCGGAAGAAUUUUUUUUUCAAUACCCUAAGAAGGCACUGACGGAAUUCUUUGAAUCUCUGAAGGCAAAAAAGACGCUGCCUAAGAUAGGACAUGUACAACACUAUCACAUACAUUAUUAUCCGAUGCCUUUCCCUCUAUUAGCAUGGACGAGAGCACCAGAUAAAUACUAUCUCGACGAAUUCUACGACGACGCUCUCACGUCACUCGGCUGGUCAGGUUAUCAUUACGGAUACGCGUCAGAUCCGUCGCUAAUCAUGUCGUCGAGUCUCCAACACCUGUCCGGGUCGGAUGUAUGGAAUAACCUUUGGGGCGAGAAGAUUCUAGACACCGACGACUCGACACCGCUCGACACGAUCGAUCGUAAUUCCAAGGGAAUACUGGUGCAAGUCCCCGUCAAUCGGCCACUCGUGUUUCAUCUGCCAUUGAAGAAGUCACGGCAGAGACGGAUAGAGAUGGCGACGACUUAAGAUCUCGCCAUGAAACACCUGUUUCUCUUUCUCGAAACCAACAAUUGUGUAAAAUUGAUCAUCAAACAUCACAUCAAAUCUUCAAUCGUUUUAGUUCUAGUUAUUAGUUCUAGUUAUUAGUUCCAGAUUAGUUAAUUAAGAUUAGUUAAUUAAAAAUUUAACUUUUAAGUGUUUAGCUCGAUGUAUAAAUUUGACGAUAAGUUCUUUUUAGCUGAACAGCUCUUUUUAUGCUUUUGCACAGUUCAUCCUUUCCCUUUUUUUUCUAACAAGGAAAAAAAAAGAUGAAUCAUACAAGAAGUUCUGCUAAUUAAAAGAAUGCUUGAGGCUUGUUAUUUAUUAUGCGCAUAUCAGGCAUUUUGAAAUGUUCCUUGAUUCUGUAUAUCUUCUUACAUUUAGAUUUACUCGUCGAAACGAAAAUAUGUGAAUGUUAUUAUACGAAA